AUGGCAGACAAUGGACUAGACAAACACUACAUGAACCUCGCAAUCAUCCAAGCCCACAAAUGCAUCCCCUCGGUCGGUGCUUUCAACGUCGGCGCAAUCCUAGUCUCAGACGACAACACCACUAUCAUACAUGCCCACUCUCGUGAACUGCCUGGAAACACUCAUGCCGAGGAAUGCUGCUUCUUGAAACUACUCGCCAACACAACCAGUGACACCCUAGCUGCCGAAUCUCUUCCUUCCCCAUCAACCACCGGUGCAACUAUAUACAGCACAAUGGAACCAUGUGGCGAACGUCUAUCCGGAAAGAUGCCAUGUGCUGAUCUGAUUAUAAAGGCGAGGAUACGGAGGGUCGUUAUUGGCGCUAGUGAACCUCCUAAUUUCAUAUCCCAGACGGUCGGGGAGGCGAAAUUGAAGGAGGCUGGGAUUGUUUAUGAUGUUAUGCCAGAGUUUAGAGAAGCAUGUCUGGCUCCAAACAAGCACCUCACAACUCAAUAA